CGCCGCACAGGAAGUAGCGGCUGCGGGGAGCGGCGGCAGCGACAGCCGGGGCUGCCGCACUCAAUGAGCGACGCUCCCGCAGCCGCCCGCCCCGCUCGCCCCUUCCCCGCCUCCCGAGGGCAGCGGCGCCGAGCCAGCCCGCCGCCGCCGGGGGUUGGAGGCUGAAGCGGGCAGAGGCAGCUCCGGCUCUUCCCGAGGAGGAGGAGGAGGAGGAGGAGGAGGAGGCGGCGGCGGGGACUGCAGGUAGGGAGUACCUGGAAGGAAAACACAGUUCUUCAAGUUCAGAGGAGAGAGAGGUUUCAAGUUAACACACAGAGGCAAAUGAGAAAGCAAAUCUCUUGAGACAUAAGCAGUGGUACUUCCCUGGAGGAAGGAGAUGGGGAUUCUCCUGUUGCUCUGAGUGUUGCCAGGCGCCAGAAGUGGUCCCCAGUGGUGGUGGACAGUUAUUCUGAGUGACGGCCCUUGCACACGCUUCUGAGUGGUUAUCAUGGGCUUCAUUGCCUUCCUGAAGACCCAGUUCAUAGUUCACCUCCUCAUUGGGUUCGUCUUUGUUGUCAGUGGACUGAUCAUUAACUUCAUCCAACUAUGCACGCUGCUCCUCUGGCCCAUCAACAAGCAGCUCUAUCGCCGAGUGAACUGUCGCCUUGCCUAUUCCCUGUGGAGCCAGUUGGUAAUGCUGCUGGAAUGGUGGUCAGGCACAGAGUGCACCCUGUUCUCAGACGAGGCCACGGUGAAAACCUUUGGGAAGGAACAUGUCAUCAUCAUCCUGAACCACAACUUUGAGAUUGACUUCCUGUGCGGCUGGACGAUGACAGAGCGCUUUGGAGUGCUGGGGAGUUCCAAAGUUCUUGCUAAGAGAGAGCUGCUCUAUGUGCCCCUAAUUGGCUGGACGUGGUACUUCCUUGAGAUUGUUUUCUGCAAAAGGAAAUGGGAAGAGGACAGAGAUACAGUCAUUGAGGGAUUGAAACGUUUGUCUGAUUAUCCUGAAUAUAUGUGGUUUCUGCUGUACUGUGAAGGAACUCGUUUCACAGAGACCAAGCACCGCAUCAGUAUGGAAGUAGCUGAAUCCAAGGGGUUGCCUAAACUGAAAUACCACCUGUUGCCCAGAACCAAAGGUUUCACCACUGCUGUCCAGUGUCUCAGGGGAACAGUUUCAGCAGUGUAUGAUGUAACACUAAAUUUCAGAGGAAACAAGAACCCAUCUUUAUUAGGAAUUCUUUAUGGAAAGAAAUAUGAAGCAGAUAUGUGUGUGAGGAGAUUUCCUCUGGAAGAUAUCCCUCAAGAUGAAAAGGAAGCUGCAAACUGGCUUCAUAAGCUCUACCAGGAAAAGGAUGCUUUGCAAGAGAUGUAUAAUCAGGAAGGUAUAUUUCCUGGCAAGCAGUUUAAACCUCCUAGGAGACCAUGGACUCUCCUAAACUUUCUUUUUUGGGCCACAGUUCUCCUCUCUCCUCUCUUCACAUUUGGCUUUGGAGUUUUUGCAAGUGGAUCACCUCUCCUUAUCCUUGCAUUCCUGGGACUUGUAGGAGCAGCUUCCUUUGGAGUUCGUAGACUGAUAGGAGUAACUGAAAUAGAAAAAGGCUCCAGCUAUGGCAACCAGGAAUUCAAGAAAAAGGAAUAACUGACGGCUGCAGUUCAGCACAUAUAACCAGACUAUGGUAUCCGAUUAACUUCAGUUAAAAAACAGCAACAAACACUUAGAAACUAUCUUUUUCUUAAUAACUGAUGACUAAUAUUAAUGAAUAAAACUUGAGCCAAGAAUGAAGAAGUUGGAGGCAUCGACUGAAGAGAAUGCACCAACCUUCUGCCUGUUCAAGGAUUACUGUAGUCAAGCUGUGGGAGAAAAUCUGGGGUGGGGUGGAAGAAGAAACUAAUUUUUCUUGCUUUGUUGGGGGACUUGGGGUGGGGGAGAAAAGAGGGCAUUGGCCAUGGCCACGUGUAUCUUCAGAUGACUGAAAACUGGUUUCUGUCAAGAGCACUACACUCACUUUUACCACAGGAGCCAUUGAAUGUUUCCUCUUGCUAAAGCCAAUGUAACAUUUAUUGAUUUCCAACUUCUCUUACUAAUGAGCCAGGAAAAAACACCCUCCUUAAAUGAAUUGACAGGUGUUCAUUGAGUUGGAGCCUUUUUGGCUGUGUUGUCAUGGCUACAGAUGAAAUCCUGUUUGUAUGUUACACUGACACUUUUUAUUUUCAGGCAACAUCUUAAGACUUCUGUAACGCAGGAGACAGUGGAGUUUGGAAGCAGUGUGUUAUCCAUCAGCACAUCCCAUAGAGCAGAUCCAAUAGGAUAACACUCUCAUCCUAUCUCCUGCUAACUGCUCAAGGCUGUUUAAUUUCAAAAUAUUACUUCAGUCUUGAGUGCUGUUUGCCCUGCUUCACAUCAAACACGUUCCAUAAUUUUGAAUCUGUUUGGGCCUGUUUGGUUUUUUUUUUUUUUUUUUAAAUUAGUGGUUGGCCGUGGGAUUUAGAGUUGUGCAAAGAAGGAAAUUUUUUCAAUUCUCCUUUUAUUUCUGUUUGCAUCUCUCAUUACCAAAGUCCAGUUCAGCCAACCUCUCUCAGUAAACUGGGAGGCAGCACUAGAAAUCAGCACAAUAGUUUUCAAAAUGUCUUCUUUUGUAAAAAAUGUGAAAAGAAGAGGUCUUUAGCAGUCAAAUUUAGAAUGCUGGUAUCUCUUGAACUUCUAAUGAUUGUUUCAGUACAGAUUGAGAUGGUGCCAGGACUUUACCCUGUGUCAGGAUAGGGUGUACUGCUCUUUUGACUUGGUCAUGCUUUAGAUGUUCACGUGAAGUUUUUCGCAAGGUGAGCUGUGCUGUUGAAGCAUUAGAAAGAGUAUAAGGUGUCUUCAGGGAUUUUAAGUAUCUUUAGUUUUGCUUGUUGCCAUUUUGGUCUUUUUCACUGAAAAUCAGAGCUCAGAAUCAUGUCUGUACCUGUCUCCCUUUUUUCCUUUCUUCCUUUCCUUUUUUUAUAAACGCACAUUUGGAGGUUUUUGUAGGUUGUUGCUGUAUGCAUAGCUGGGGAAUUAUUUGCAAACAGAUGGUAACUAUACCUGUAUGUUCAAGUCUGAAGGUCACAAUCUGCAUUUGGCUGCUCACAGAAGUGGGUGAAAUGAGUUGCAGAUCUACAGCUGAGGGCAGAAGCUAACCCUCAGGGUCUGUAUCUUUAACCCAGCUGCCACUAGAAUAUUUAUCUCACUUUUGUAAAGAGCAGAUUUUAUCAAAGCACUGGUUGUUGUUUUCAUCUUUGCUCCAGUAACCAAGAUAAGAGAGUAAUAAUUUACCUUCUUUCCGAAUUUGCUCUUAACUGUUGGAAUGUAACCUCUUCUCCCACACAGGUUUUUCUGUUUUCAAACACUGGAAGAGCAAUUUUGUAACUUAGAAAAAUAUUUUACUUGGGGUCAUUAAUCACUUGUUCUGUCAUGCACUUGAUUUUUAUUUGUGGUCUUUUCAACAAGAGCAUUUGAAGGCUGA